AACAACAAAAUCGAUGUCGCAAAUCCAAAGUUUGCUUGACGAGUUAGAGCCGAAGCUCUUUGCUGAAUCCAAUGUUGCUAAAAUAUGGGGGGUCGCUCAACAAAAACUAGAUGACCCACAACCUCCCAUCGAAUAUCCAGAGUAUUCCUUUAACCGUUACUCUUACAGACCAGUUGACUACUGGACGGCCGGGUUCUUUCCUGGAUCUAUUGCUGCUGUGCUUGAACGGAGUGAAAAGUAUCCCCACAAGUAUCCUCACGAUAAACUUCACGCAGUGAAGUUGGAGUACGCAGCCAAAUGGUGGACUGAGGGAUUGAUGGGACAAGUACCUAGAACCGAUACUCAUGAUCUUAGUUUCAUGAUAUACCCGGCUUUCCUUAGAGAAUACCAACGGAGCAAGAGCCCCAAAACCUUUGAAAGCUUGAAAACGGCUGCUCAUGCCUUGGCUAGUAGAUUCAGCCCUAGUGCCGGGGUGAUCAGAAGUUGGGAUACAGCAGUUAAUAAGAGGUAUUCAUUCACAGACCUUGACGCUGACUUCAUUGUGAUCAUUGAUAACAUGUGCAACUUGAACAUGUUGUACUACGUGGCCAGUCAGACGGGAGAUUUGCUGUUAUCUACUAUUGCAACCACCCACGCGGAAAAUACUUUGCAACACCAUUUUAGACACCCAGAGUGGAGCAGUUAUCAUGUGGUCAACUACGAGCUGCUGACUGGAAAGCCAAAAGCCAAGUUCACCAAUCAAGGCUACGAAGAUGAGUCCACCUGGUCCCGGGGUCAAUCGUGGGCAAUUUUGGGGUUUGCUGAAACCUACAGUUGGACCAAACAGAAGAAAUUUUUAGAUGCUGCGAUCAACUGCUGGGAGUUUUUCGCAAGCAAAUUGCCGCAAGAUGGAGUCCCACCAUGGGAUUUCGAUGCUCCAGACCCGGAAAAUAGAGAUACCAGUGCGGGAUUGAUCGCUGCGUUAGGGUUGCUUACCAUAUAUGAAACCACAAAACAACAAAAGUAUCUUGAAAGUGCUUUGAAACUCGUGGCUGAUAUCGUCAGGUUACUGUUUGUGGAUGGGGCUAAAUUUAACGAGGACGGUACUGUAGAUUUUGGCGAGUACGACACCAUCUUGAAAGAUGCCACUAUCAACAACAAUCCCGACACCUUCAAGAAAUUGGUGGGCCAUGGACUUGUAUAUGGAGACUAUUAUUUCCUUUCAAUUGGAAAUAAACUCCUUGAAUUAGGCUUAUAUAAUUGAAUGCAACGUCACAUUUACCACCA